GUGAAGAAUAUCACUGAAAGUACCAGAAACCUCCCCGCUAACAUAUAAAUACCGACUAGGUCCCUUCCCCCCAAUUCCAAACCAGACCGAUCGAGCACAAUCAAAGACAGCCAUUACCGACGACAAUAAGCUUUUCUUUUCCGACGCAUAAAAUUAGUUAAUCAAUACUCACUUCCGAUGACAAUGUCGCUGAUUCGUAGACUCUUCGGCGGCCGGAGAAACGACGCCGUUUCCACCGAUCCCGUCUCUCUCGACAUUUGGGAUCCAUUCCGCGAAUUCUCGCCGUCGUUCCCGAUUUCCGCCUCCGGAGAGGCGGCGGCGAUGGUCAACACGCGCGUGGACUGGAAGGAGACGCCGGAGGCGCACGUGUUCACGGCGGAAGUCCCCGGCGUGAAGAAGGAGGAAGUGAAGAUCGAGAUCGAAGACGAUCGGAUUCUCCAGAUCUGCGGGGAGAGGAAGGUGGAGAAGGAGGAGAAGAAUGACAGGUGGCACCGAAUGGAACGGAGCUCCGGAAAGUUUAUGAGGCGGUUCAGAUUGCCGGAGAAUGUGAAGAUGGAUGAGAUAAAGGCGUCUAUGGAGAACGGAGUGCUUACUAUUACUGUUCCUAAGAUCGAAGUGAAGAAGCCUGAAGUGAAGUCCAUUGAAAUCUCCGGUUAGAUAAUAUAAUGCAUAUGAUCGAAUAUAAUGCUGCAAUAUUAGACUACUGAAAGUAUGAAUUAGCCUUUGUGUGUUGUAUGGUUUGUAACUUUGUAUCGUGUAAGUUGGUGGAAGAGUGUUUGAAGUGAAUAAAUUGUGUGUUUUUUGUUUA